GAGGCACGUGCGCGCGCAGGGCGGGGAGCACAAACAGGAAGAGCUCAGCGGACAACAGACUGAAGAAUCAUCGACAAAAUACUAAGAAACACGCCAAAAGACACCAGGAAAGUGGGACAGGCGAAACCCACGGACAGACGGCAUCUUAGGCUGGAACAGAUUCGUGGUGAACAUGAGUCGUCCUCGCGCCGACUCUGAGGGCUCCCGGAGAGACAAUGAUGAGGUCAUGCCCUACAGCGAUGAUGAGACGGACGAUGAGCUGGAGCCCGGUUCAGAAGAAGCUCUACAGGAGCCACCAGGAGCAGAGCACCAGGCUGUGGAGGCCAGGCCCAGUGAGAUGGGCUGGAAAGUGAAGGCCAACGACAGACCGUACCAUCAGCUCCCUGAGUUCCAGAAGAAAGUCUUCCUCUGCGUCAAGAAGAGCCGAUACUCUGGGAAUGCCAUUAAGACGUACAAGUACAAUGUGCUGACCUUCAUCCCUCUGAACCUGUACGAGCAAUUCAAGAGAGCGGCUAACCUGUACUUCUUAGCUCUGCUCAUUCUGCAGAUCAUCCCAUCCAUCUCCACACUGCCCUGGUACACGACUCUCAUCCCCCUGGUGGUUGUGCUGGGAAUCACCGCCAUCAAAGACCUGGUGGAUGACCUGGCACGGCACAGGAUGGACAAAGAGAUAAACAACAGGAAGACAGAGGUUCUGCUGGACGGCAGGUUUCAGCCAUCCAAGUGGAGGAAUGUCCAAGUGGGCGAUGUGGUUCGACUCAAGAAAAAUGACUUCAUUCCAGCUGACAUCCUGUUGCUGUCAACGUCCAACCCCAACAGUCUGUGUUAUGUGGAAACCGCUGAACUGGACGGGGAGACCAACCUGAAGUUUAAGAUGGGCCUAAGAGUGACAGACGAGCGACUGCAGGAGGAGCAGCAGCUGGCUGACUUUGAUGCACUGAUCGAGUGUGAGGAGCCCAAUAAUCGUCUAGAUAAGUUUACAGGGACCAUGCUGUGGCAGCGAGAGCGCUACCCUCUGGACCUGGACAACAUGCUCCUGAGAGGCUGUAAGGUUCGCAACACUGACAUCUGCCAUGGACUGGUCAUCUUUGCAGGAGCUGACACCAAAAUAAUGAGGAAUGGAGGGAAGACCAGGUUCAAGCGCACCAAGAUCGACGAGCUGAUGAACUACAUGGUGUAUACGAUCUUUGCUCUGCUUGUCCUGGUGGCUGCUGGAUUGGCCAUCGGUCACACCUUCUGGUACGAGCAGAUCGGCAGCAAAGCCUGGUACCUGUAUGACGGCAAGGACUACAGCGCAUCCCACCGGGGCUUCCUCAGCUUCUGGGGUUACAUCAUUGUGCUCAACACCAUGGUGCCCAUCUCCCUCUACGUCAGUGUGGAGGUGAUUCGGUUGGGCCAAAGUAAAUUCAUCAACUGGGAUUUACAAAUGUACUUUGCUGAGAAAGACACCCCUGCCAAGGCUCGAACCACAACUCUGAAUGAACAGCUGGGCCAGAUCGAGUACAUCUUCUCAGACAAAACAGGCACUCUAACCCAAAACGUCAUGCAGUUUAAGAAGUGCACCAUUGCAGGGCGUAGUUAUGGUGACCCAACCACUGCUGAAGGAGUAUCACUGGAUAGAGGGAGGCCAGUGGACUGGACUUGGAAUCGUUACGCAGACAAAAAGUUUCCGUUCAUGGACCAUUCACUUGUGGCUACUGUGCGAUCUGGAAAAGACAAGGAUGCCAUGGAAUUCUUUAAGCUACUGUCCCUGUGCCACACAGUCAUGGUGGAUGAAGAAAUGGUGUACCAGGCUGCGUCUCCAGAUGAGGGUGCUCUGGUAACCGCUGCCCGAAACUUUGGUUAUGUGUUCAUGUCCAGAACCCAGGACUCAAUCACCAUCCGAGAGGGCGAGCAAGAGAGCACCUAUGAGAUGUUAGCCCUGCUCGACUUCAACUCGGACCGCAAACGCAUGUCCAUCAUCUUGCGUUUCCCCGAUGGCCGUAUCCGCCUGUACUGUAAAGGAGCUGACACUGUCAUCUACGAGCGCCUGUCUCCAGACUCCAGGCACAAGGACACCACCCAGACUGCACUGGAUACCUUUGCUAACGAAACGCUGCGCACACUCUGUCUGUGCUACAAAGACAUCAGCGCAGAGGAGUACGAGUCAUGGUCGCGCCGCCACAAGGAGGCGCAGGUGGUGUUAGCCGACAGGGAGGGAGCUCUAGACCGGGUGUAUGAAGAGAUCGAGAAGGGCCUCAUGCUGAUUGGAGCCACAGCGAUUGAGGAUAAACUUCAAGAUGGAGUUCCAGAGACUAUCGCUAAACUGGCCAAAGCUGACAUCAAGAUCUGGGUGCUCACUGGAGACAAGAAAGAAACUGCUGAGAACAUCGGAUACUCCUGCUCCCUGCUGACUGACGACAUGCAGAUCCACUAUGGAGAAGAUGUCAAUGAGAAGCUGCGAAUGCGCCAGAGCACCAGGAGGAGUGAACCCCCAAGCCGUCGCCCUGGGAAGAGGAAGCCAGCGGAACCUUUCUUCACCGACCCAGGAAAGAAUGCUCUGAUCAUCACCGGAGGCUGGCUGAAUGAAAUUCUGUAUGAGAAAAAGAAGAAGCGGAGGCGUCUGCGUCUACGGCGUCUGGGCAGACAGCCCCCUCCUUCUAGCCCUCAGGAUGGACAGCCCAUGAACGACUGGGAGAAGGAGCAGAGACAGGUUGACUUUGUGGACAUGGCGUGUGAGUGCGAGGCCGUCAUAUGCUGUCGAGUCACUCCCAAGCAAAAGGCUAAUGUGGUCAGUCUGGUAAAGAAGUACAAGAAGGCCGUGACCCUGUCCAUCGGAGAUGGCGCCAAUGACGUCAACAUGAUCAAAACGGCAGACAUUGGUGUGGGCAUCAGUGGGCAGGAAGGCAUGCAGGCUGUCAUGUCCAGUGACUAUGCAUUCGCCCAGUUCCGCUACCUAGAGCGUCUCCUGCUGGUGCACGGCCGCUGGUCCUACAUUCGUAUGUGCAAAUUCCUGCGCUUCUUCUUCUUUAAGAACUUUGCCUUCACGCUGGUCCACUUUUGGUACUCCUUCUUCAGUGGUUACUCCUCCCAGGUGGCGUAUGAAGACUGGUUCAUCACUCUGUAUAACCUGUGUUACAGCAGCUUACCUGUGCUGCUGGUGGGCCUUCUGGACCAGGACGUUAACGAUAAAUUAAGCCUGCGGUUUCCCAAACUGUACCUGCCCGGCCAGCAGGGGUCUCUCUUCAACUACAAGAACUUCUUCAUCAGUCUGUUCCACGGCAUCUUUGUGUCUCUGCUCAUCUUUUUCAUCCCCUACGGAGCCUUUCUGCAGACCAUGGGCCAGGAUGGGGAGGCUCCCUCAGACUACCAGUCCUUUGCUGUGGUCACCGCCUCUUCCCUCAUCUUCAUUGUCAAUCUACAAAUUUCCCUGGACACCUCUUACUGGACAUUUGUCAACUGUUUUGCUGUAUUGGGCAGCAUCGCCAUCUAUUUUGGUAUCAUGUUUGACAUCCACAGUGCUGGCAUCCAUGUUAUCUUUCCCGCCUUCUUCACCUUCACCGGAGCAGCGUCCAAUGCGCUGCGACAGCCCUACCUUUGGCUCACCAUUGUCCUGACUGUGGGUAUGAGCCUGCUGCCUGUCAUCUGCAUCCAGUUUCUCUACAAGACCAUCUGGCCCUCAGUGGGGGACAAGGUCCAGAGGAACAGGAAGAAGUAUGAGCAGGAGCUGGAGCGUGAGGAGCGAGAGAAGGCACCAGCAUUCCAAAGGGGCCGUCGUUCCCGCAGGUCUGCCUAUGCCUUCUCCCACUCACGUGGAUAUGCAGACCUCAUCUCCUCUGGUCGCAGCAUCCGGAGGAAACCCACUGGGAGAGGCACCACCCUGCAGCACAGCAUCCGUGAGAUACCCCACGCAGAGAACAUCUGAGCUCCAGCCUUUAGGCUACAUACCCAGACACUGCAUGGUAUGGGGCAAGUGAGACUGACUCUCUUAAAUGUGGUUUGCACAAACAUUGGCAGGGUCAUCUUGGAAAGCCCUUUUUAAUAUAGUGCAAUGCUGCAACAUGAAUUUGCGCUCACAAAAAUAUAAGCUAUGUACAUCCAUAGCAAUGUUUUCAAAGGACAGAUUUUAAUACACAAAAUGUCCUUGGUGAAUGGAUGAUGACACCAUUCAUGUUAUAUUAUAAUAGUUACAUUUUAGAAGUUUGGAUUUUUCAUCAGAGUAGAUAUAAUACUGUGAAAGGCCAGUUCCUAGAAUCACCAGGGAUCUUUUUGUAGCUCAUGGACUUUUCCACAAUGCCAAGCAUGUAAAGCAAUGGCUUUACUAAGGUUGCUGUAGCUCUCAGCAGAUGGAGGUGAAAAUUCCAGACGUUCGAUAGUCUCACACCUCUCAUGUGUUUGUAUGUGACAGGACUUCCUCUGACUGCAGAGAAAAGUCGGGACUCUGCGAUUUUCUAAGCUGGCCUCAUGAGGCAUUGUGAGCCCAAAUACCCUUUAAUAGUUUAUUGUGAAAAAAAAUUUGGUGUAUGAUAAAUGAUUUAGUUUCUGAUGUCUCUGUAUAGACAGGUGUUUUAAUGUGUAUUUAAUCGGUUAUUAAAUGUCUUCCAUAAAUCACAUGUGCGUUACAAGGCACAGGGGCUUUUAAAGUUCUACUGUAUAUUUUUCACUUAAUAUUCAACCAAAAGACUGUUACUGAAUGCUUUUAUGAAUGGGAAUAUAUUUUAUUAUCUGCUUGUUAAUAAAACAUAUCUUACAAAUCCA